CAUAAAAGUGUACAAAGCCCCAGUGGCAGUGCAGGUUCAGAAGAAGAAAAAAAAGAGAGAAGGGAAUCACUUUUCUAAAAGAGUCGAAGCUGAUUCAUUCAACCCCAAAACCCAAAAUUCGAAAUCCCUCUCUACCUUAACUGAAGUGUGUUCCUUUCUUUCUCUGUUCGUCAUGCAUUCCUCGUUGGAGCCGGAGAUAAUGGAGGAAGAUUCACAACAACAAGGAGGCGGUGGAGGAAGCAAUUCGCUCAAGAGAAAAUUCUCUGAAAUCGAUGGAGAUCAGCAGAGUCUUGCUCCUAUGAUGAUUGACUCUAAUGGUUAUGAGUUGAAGGUGUAUGAGGUUGCAAUGAACAAGAAUGUAAUUGCUGUUCUAGGGUCUGGAACUAAUAAGUCAGAGAUCACUAAGAUGCUUAUCAAAGCCAUGGGUUCUUCUGAUACAUCCAAAAGAUUGAUAAUUUUCUUGGCCCCUACUGUAAAUCUUGUCAAACAGCAAUGCUGUGAGAUUAGAACAUAUGUGAGUUUGAAGGUUGAAGAGUACUUUGGAGCUAAAGGAGUGGAUAAAUGGACUUCCCAACGCUGGGAAGAGGAAGUUAGCAAGCACGAUGUUCUGGUUAUGACUCCUCAAAUAUUAUUGGAUGCCCUUAGAAGUGCAUUCCUGAAACUAGAGAUGGUAUGUCUUAUAAUAAUAGAUGAAUGCCACCGCACCACUGGCAAUCAUCCCUAUGCGAAGUUAAUGAAGGAAUUCUAUCACGAAUCUACUAACAAACCGAAGCUAUUUGGAUUGACUGCGUCAGCCGUCGUUAGAAAAGAUCAAGUAUCAGAACUUGAGAGACUCAUGGAAUCAAAGAUUUUUAAUCCUGAAGAGCGGAAUGGGGUGGAAAAGUUUGCUACAGCAGUAAAAGAAGGUCCAAUAUUUUAUGACCCACCAUCAAUCUGUAGUUUGGAAUUGAAAGAAAAGUUGAAAACUUCACACCACAAGUUUGAUGCUUCUCUUAGAAGUCUCCAAGAAUUGGAAAAAGGCAGUUUUCUCAACAUGGAGAAUAAGUUUGAGACAUAUCAAAAGCGAUUGUCCAUCGACUACAGAGAGAUCUUGCAUUGCCUUGACAAUCUUGGCCUGAUUUGCGCGCACUUGGCGGCUGAAGUCUGCUUGGAGAAAAUCUCAGAUACGAAAGAGGAUAGUCAAGCUUACAAAGAAUGCUCAAUGGUGUACAAGGAAUUUCUUGAGGAAAUUUUAUCCACAAUUGGGGUGUAUUUGCAGCAAGAAGAUAAAAAUUUGGUAGAUUUGCAGCAAAACCAUCUGUCAGCAGUAAAUUCCGGACAUGUAUCUUCAAAGUUAAAAGAACUCUUCCAUCUACUGGAUUUAUUUAGAGGGGAAAAAUCUCCAUAUGUUCUUAUCUUUGUUGAGAGAAUUAUAACUGCCGAAGUGAUCGAAAGAUUCGUGAAGAAAGAAGCCUCUUUAGCUUACUUUAAUGUUUUGUAUUUAAUCGGUAAAAACUCCUCCACCGAUACAUCGGCACAGAAAUCACAAAUUAAAAUCUCUGAUCCAUUUCAUGUUGACAAGGUGAAUCUUAUAUUUAUCACUGAUGUGGUUGAAGAGGGAACACAGGUUCCAAAUUGCUCAUGCAUGGUUUGUUUUGACCUGCCCAAAUCAGAGUGUAGUUACUCGCAUUUUCAAAAACAUGCCAAACAGAGUAAUUCUAAGUCUAUCAUGUUUCUUGAAAGGGGGAACCCGAAACAAAGAGACCAUCUGGAUGACCUUAUGCGAAGAGAAGUCCUAAUUCAAGAUCCAGAAGUUCCAAACUUAAAAUCGUGUCCACCUCCAGUGACAAGUGGCCAUGGCAUGCAAGAGACUAAAGCCAUGGUUAUUCCAGAUUCUAACAUAACUGUAUCUGAGGAAGCAGCUGCCGUACAAACUGUGAUUGAUCCUCCAAACAGAAAUGAGCAGUUAACAUGUAAGAAGUUACGUUUCGAUAAAAAUCUUUUGCAAUGCAGUGCCAAAGUGAAGGCUGCCUCUUCUAAAAGUAAAUCAUCUUCAUCAUCUGCAGGUUCGAAAAAACGUAAGGAGUUGCACGGGACAACCUGUGCAAACGCAUUGUCAGGGACCUGGGAGAAAAAUACUGAUGGCGCCAGCUUUCAGGCUUAUAAGUUUGACUUCUCUUGUAAUAUUUCUGGCGAAGCAUACACGAGUUUCACUCUUUUGCUUGAGUCAACCCUCGCUGAAGAUGCUGGUAAAGUUGAGAUGGAUCUUUACUUGGUCAGGAAGCUUGUGAAGGCUUCCGUCUCACCUUGUGGCCAGAUACGUUUGACUCAAGAGGAGAUGGUUAAAGCAAAGUGUUUUCAGCAGUUUUUCUUUAAUGGCAUGUUUGGAAAUUUAUUUGUUGGAUCUAAGUCAUCGGGAACAAAGAGAGAAUUUUUACUUCAAACUGACACAAGUUCUCUUUGGCACCCUUCCUUUAUGUUUCUACUGCUACCAGUUGAAACAAAGGAUCUAGCUUCGACUGCAACAAUUGAUUGGUCAGCUAUCAACUCCUGUGCCUCGAUAGUUGAGUUCUUGAAGAAAAACUAUCUUCUUGAGCUUCGGGUUAGUGAUGGGAAUCAGUGCAACACCUCAUCCAGUCAGGAAGUCGUACUCGGCGAUAAAACGGAAGAAAGGAAUCUAAUUCAUUUUGCCAAUGCUUCGUCUGAUAAAAACGGUCUCGAAGAACUUGUGGUCAUUGCAAUUCAUACUGGAAGGAUAUACUCUAUAGUUGAAGCGGUAAGCGAUUCUUCUGCUAUGAGCCCGUUUGAAGGCGACGUCUCAUCAGGAUAUGCUACUUAUGCAGAAUAUUUUAAUAAGAAGUAUGGGAUUGUUUUGAUGCACCCAAACCAGCCGUUGAUGAAGUUGAAGCAGAGUCACCAUGCACACAACCUUUUAGUCGACUUCAAUGAAGAGAUGGUUGUGAAGACAGAACCAAAAGCUGGCAAUGUUAGAAAAAAAAAACCAAAUAUCUAUGCGCAUUUGCCUCCAGAGCUUUUGGUCAGAAUUGAUGUACCACGUGCUGUGCUAAAAUCAAUCUACUUGCUGCCCUCAGUGAUGCACCGCCUAGAGUCUCUGAUGUUGGCCAGUCAGCUUAGGGAAGAGAUUGAUUGUAGCAUCGAUAACUUCAGUAUAUCAAGUACUUCGAUUCUUGAAGCACUAACAACACUUACAUGCCCCGAACCGUUUUCCAUGGAACGGUUGGAACUGCUUGGGGAUUCAGUCUUGAAGUAUGUUGUGAGCUGUUAUCUAUUCCUUAAGUAUCCUGACAAAGACGAGGGACAACUAUCACGGCAGAGGCAAUCGAUUAUAUCUAACUCGAAUCUUCAUCGCGUAGCAACUAAUCGCAAACUACAGGGAUACAUAAGAAACGGCGCUUUUGAACCGCGUCGCUGGACUGCACCUGGUCAAUCAUCUCUUUUUCCAGUUCCUUGCAAGUGUGGGGUUGAAACUAGAGAAGUACCAUUGGACCCAAAAUUCUUCACAGAGAACAUGACUAUCAAAAUAGGGAAGUCUUGCGACAGGGGUCAUAGAUGGACAGUUUCGAAAUCUGUAUCAGACUGCGCUGAGGCCCUGAUUGGUGCCUAUUAUGUAAGCGGUGGACUGCCUGCUGCUCUCCAUAUGAUGAAAUGGCUUGGUGUUGACGUUGAUUUUGACCCGAACCUAGUCGUUGAAGCCAUCAAUAGAGUUUCUCUACGGUGUUACAUCCCUAAAGACGAGGAGCUCACAGAGUUGGAGACAAAGAUCCAACAUGAGUUCUCUGCAAAGUUCCUUUUGAAAGAGGCUAUCACUCACUCCUCUGUUCAUGAAUCCUAUUCAUACGAGAGAUUGGAGUUUCUUGGCGAUUCUGUACUGGAUUUUCUAAUCACCCGUCACCUUUUUAACACCUACGAACAAACUGGGCCUGGAGAGAUGACCGAUCUUCGUUCUGCAUGUGUGAAUAAUGAAAAUUUCGCGCAAGUUGCAGUGAAAAAUAAUCUGCACACCCACCUUCAACGUUGUGCUACGGUUCUUGAGACUCAAAUAAACGAGUAUCUGAUGUCCUUUACAAAGCCAGAUGAGACUGGUAGAUCAAUCCCUUCAAUACAGGGCCCUAAGGCUCUUGGAGACUUGGUGGAGAGUAUCGCUGGAGCGUUGUUGAUCGAUACAAGGUUAGAUCUCGAUCAAGUGUGGAGAGUCUUUGAGCCGUUGCUUUCUCCACUUGUAACUCCAGAUAAACUUCAGCUUCCUCCGUACCGGGAGCUCCAUGAGCUUUGCGACUCUCUUGGGUAUUUCUUCCGAGUGAAAUGUUCUAAUGAUGGUGUUAAGGCACAAGCUACGAUCCAGUUGCAGCUGGACGAUGUUCUUCUAACUGGAGAUGGAUCUGAACAGACAAAUAAACUGGCUUUGGGUAAAGCAGCUUCACAUCUGCUUACGCAACUUGAGAAGAGAAACAUUUCACGUAAGAGUUCGAUCGGAGAUAAUCAAAGUUCCAUGGAUGUCAAUCUUGCGUGCAAUCAUAGUGGCGGAGAAACUUCUGUUCCAGAUUCUAGCGAAAUCCAAAGUAUAGUGAUUCCAGUUAUUGGACCUAUAAACAUGAAGAAAGGGGGGCCUCGUGGAACUCUACAUGAGUUCUGCAAGAAGCAUCUCUGGCCAAUGCCUACUUUUGAGACCUCCGUAGAGAAAUCACGAAAUCCUUUUGAAUUCACAGAUGGAGAUGAGAAGCGAACUAGCUUCAGCAGUUUCAUAUCAACCAUAACGCUAAGGAUACCCAAUCGUGAGGCUGUGAUGUACGCCGGAGAAGCUAGGCCCGACAAGAAGAGUUCCUUCGACUCUGCAGUCGUGGAACUGCUCUAUGAGCUCGAGCGCCGCAAGAUACUCACCAUACAAAAGUAUACUGAUUUUGGCUGUUAACAAGUUACUACUGAUUCACAUUAAGUAAAAAGCUUACUCAUCAGGAAAUGUCUAGUGUGUCGACUAGUUCCGGAUUGUUCUGUAUGUAAACCUCUAAUGUAUCUGUUAAUUGUUAUGCCUUAAUGAUAAGCUCGUAGAUGUUACUACA